AUACUGUGGUGCUCUAUUCAUGCUAAUGUUGGGUUUUUGAGCUAGCGCCCAAUAGACUCUAACUGAAGGAGUGCGCUCCCUGUCUCAGAAUCGUCCAGAAUGCACCGCGCUACCCAUUGACGACGCAUGGGCAACGUUCACAAUGGAGUUUCCCAUCUCCUCAAAAGUGUCUCUGAGAGAACAUAGAGCAGAGGAAGAAUUCAGUUUUGUCGUCAGGCAAACUUUGUAUCGUCUGCAUAGAACGAUCGCGCAGCACGCGCUCUCUCUUCAUGUGCCAUCAAGGGGUGCAUGCUACACGCGAGCUGGGAGGUGGUUGCCACGGCAACCCAAGUGGAGGUGAGAAAAGGAUGACGCAAGCAGACUGGACGAUGACGGGCAGUGUGAGCCUUCAAGACAUGGAUGCUGAUUAAGGUGGACCAUAGAAAUAAUGUAGGAUGGAACUGUAGACCAUGUGUAGCCAAUGGUAGUCAAAUUUUUUUCACUUUCCGUAUAAGCAUGCUCAGUACAAUUUAGUUGGCUAUAUGCAGCUAGGGAGUAUUUUUGUUGUUGUUGAUAAUUCAUCCAUUCAUCAAAUUGUACUACCCAUAGAAUGACAUACAAUCUCUCUGCCAUACAUUGCCCUGCCGAGCCAACCUACAAUUUUUGCUCAGUUGAUUUGUGGAGACUGGGAUAAGGAUCAGAUUGAUGGCCAUCAGUUUAAUUACACUAAAACAUUGCAUCUCGGGAAAUGAGACGGUUUUAGAAAAGCUGCAGUAAUUCCCUUUAAGGGAUGCUGCUUGUAGAACACCUUAACAUAGAGAGGCACCCAUUAGGAAAAUGAAGAUUUACAGUAGCUAUUCCUGUAUUCUGUAAAAUGUAAAUGUUGCUGGCAUUCCUAUAAAAAAGUGCUCUUAAUGUUGCCCUCCCAAAUAUUUUUUUUUAAACAGUAGACCAUGACAGAUGCGGGUUCUUUGUGUGGGAUAGAUUUAUGUGACUAAUCUUCCUGAGACAUCCCAUUUACACAGAGAGGUGUGUGUAUCCCAUCUCAAAUUGAAUUAAAUCCUAUUACAGCUCCUUCGCUACACAGACACUUGAUAUAGGCUACACCAAUCGCAUUAACUGUUUGAGAAAGUGUGUUUGUUUUGGUUUCUGUAUUAUUGCCCUUUUAUUGGCCUCCAUAUUCCUGUAGUAAUGUAUUUAUUCUAUAUUCUCGAAAAGUAGGAUAUUGUGUCUGUUUGCUGGUGUGCACUUAACCCUUGUCCCUAAAGUACCUUUUCUCUGCCUCCUUGCCAGCCGUCCUUAAGGCACAGAGAGAGAGAGAGAGAGAGAGAGAGAGCAGAGCCAGGGGAGAAUCAGAGAGGGAGGGAGAGAGAGAGAAAAAGCUAGAGUGUGUGUGAGAGAGGUAAGGGGUGGGGGGGAAAGAGGAGGGGGAAUGGCAGAAGCUGCAGGCACCACUGAGCACAAUACAGAAAGAGAGAGAGAGAGAGAGAGAGAGAGAGAGAGAGAAACGAUAGGCGGCAGCAGUAUAACAAACAGCAUCCCUCCAGCACAGAUAAAGAGAUAGAGAGGCAGGCUAGAGAGAGAGAGAGAGAGAGAGAGAGAGAGAGAGAUCAUCAAGACAGAGAGAAAGAUCAUCAAGACAGAGAGAGAGUUCAUCAUUACAGAGAGAGAUCAUCGAUGGAGAGAGAUCAAUGCAGAGAGAGAUCAUAAAGAAAGAGAGAGAUAUCAUCAAAACAGAGAGGGAUAUUUUCAAGACAGAGAGAGAUCAUCAAGACAUUGAGAGAUCAUCAAUACAGAGAGAAAGAGAGAGUUUAUCAAUACAGAGAGGGAGAUCUUCAAGACAGAGAUAAACCUCUUCAAGACAAAGAGGGAGAAACCUCUUCAAGACAGAGAGGGAGAACUUCAAGACAGAGAGGGAGAAGGGAUUAUAUUUUCAUAGCUUUUACUCAGAGUGCUGGCCAGGGCUUGCACAGAGAGGAAGAGAGAGGAGAGAGUGACACAGACGGAGAUAGAGAGUGGAGUGAAGAUUUUAAUCCUCUUGGCAUGCGAGUGUGUCCCUGGCUGCUUGGAAUGUGUUGCCGCUAACCCGGGGGCCAGGACGGAAGGAACAACUCUCACCAUGCUGGGGAAGGAUUACAUGCUCGCCAUCAUCAUAGUCAAUUAUGACGACAACAUCUGGAACGACCCAAGCCUUGAUUUGGACUCUGACCUACCGUCAGGGUGGCGCACCAUCCGGGACAGCACCGGCACCUAUUACUGGCACGUGGCCACUGGCGCCACCCAAUGGCAGCACCCAUCCUACAGCACUGAGGAGGACCAGAACUCCAUCAAUGGCAUCACUGCCACGGACAUCAAGAGCCUGGAGGCUGGGGGCAGACGUGAAUCAAGGGCAAGGCUGACAGAGAGCCCAUUGGCCUCCAUAAAUGACAGGGUCUCCUGGCAGGACGAUUAUUUCUGCACCAACAUGGAUCCUGACUCCAAGUGUUUUGCUGUGCGCUCCCUGGGCUGGGUGGAGAUUCCAGAGGAGGAGCUGAUCCCGGGGAAGAGCAGUCUGGCUGUCAAUAACUGCAUCCAGCAGCUGUCCAGCAGCAAGGCAGAGGGCCGCGAUGACACACUGGGCGCCUGGGGAGAGGGCCAGGACAUGAUGAUGGUUCUGAAGAAGGAUACCCUCAGCCUGAUGGACCCAGUGGACCGCAGCCUUCUCCACUGCCAGCCUAUCAUUGACAUCCGCGUGUGGGGCGUGGGCUGCAACAACGGCAGAGACAGAGAUUUUGCCUUCGUGGCCAGUGACAAAGACAGCUGUAUGCUGAAGUGCCAUGUGUUUCGCUGUAACGCCCCAGCAAAAACCAUCGCCACGGCUUUGCACAAAAUGUGCUCAAAGAUCAUGGCAGAGAAGACCACUAGAAGCCCAUCUAUGGCCCGCUCCCUCACCAUGGCGACCAUCUCCCCUGAGGACAUGCCACGCCAAGUGGACUUCCUGGAUGCAAUGAGGCAGAGGGUGCAGAAGUUUGAGGUGCAGUACAUCGGAAACCUGCCCGUCUCCAGGGCAAUGGGUAUGGAGGUGCUGAACCGGGCCAUAGAGAGCAUCAUGAACACCUCAGACAGUGAUGAUUGGGAGCCCAUCGUCAUCCACAUCUCUGACACUGUCCUGUCACUCUGGAAAGGAGAGGAUGGAGAUGAUCCAUUUUGGGAAUGUCAAGUGCGUUUGCUGACCUUUCUGGGUGUGGGGCAUGAUACACACACCUUUGCAGUGAUAGUGGAUGGCGGGACGCAGCGGUUUGAGUGUCAUGUUUUCUGGUGUGAGCCAGACGCAGGGAUAAUCUCUGAGGCUGUGCAGGCUGCGUGCAUGGUCCAGUACCAGAAGUGCUUGGUAGCCCAGACUCCACCACCCAGGUCCAAAAUGUGGCGGGUGGGUUCCAAGGUGAAGCGGGCCAACUCCAUGGACGGCUUCAGUUUUCCAGCUCCCCGUCACCAAGGACUGUCCCCGCCCAAGGCUGGCUCCUCCACCACCAAAAAGGGCAUGCUGGCGUUUUUUGAGACUUUCAGAAAUAAACAGUCAGCCGUUUCCACACCAUAGCAACCAGAGGGUG